UUACUUGUCACCUAGUCCCUCCAUUAUCUCUGUGAGAGGGGUGUUCCUUGCUUUUCUUUGGCUGGUUCCGCGUCAAUCAUUUUCUUCUUUUUUGUGCCCACCUGUUUUUCUGUUCUCUUCGUCAUAGGCAGGAGGAUCCCAAGAGGGUCGAUCUGGACCUGUACCUUUUUUUUCGUCCGUGCCCUCAAAGGUACCUUACCUACCUCCAUCGCGAGGUAACAUAGCUUAACCUUCCUUCCUGCCUUUCCUAUCUUCUUUUGUCUUUUUUUUCCCGCUUUCGCCGGGCGCUUGCUUCCCUCCCCUCCAAAAACUUACGUUUUUUGUUCUUUUCUCCUGGCUGCGCCCUGUUCUUACUUUCGAUUCGAUAUACCCGCCUUUUCUUCUCUUCUCUUUCGCAAUUUAUUUCCUUUGUUAUUACCCGGAGGGUGUCUGUAUUUUCUUCCGUUUGCUCCCCACCUGGCCAUAUUUAGCAACCGUGAGAAAAGACUACACCACUAUUUUGAACAGUCAUUGUCGAGACACCGCGCGAAACCACUUCGAACGACUAUAGAGCCACACGACCCACGUGGCAUAGACCCGUCAGAUUUUUUGGGAUUGACAAGUCUACCACAUUGCUUCUCCAGGGAAUAAACCACCACUACCAGCGGACUAUCCUAGCUACCCAUCAACUACAGUACAAGAGCACUCGUCGACCUAGCGCUCGUAGUCGCAAACUCAAUAUAUAGGUACCUUUUCCAGGUGCUUUAUAUAUAUAUAGAAACCACUUGGAACGUGACCGCAGGGUCAGCAACCCGCCCGACCUAUUAAAAGAACUAGCGCUCCGUCCAUCUCCAAAUACAUCCACCAACAUGUCGCAGGUCUUGACGCUAGCCAGCUUCCAAUCGAUAGCGUCCUCGAGUGUGCCCCUCGGCUGCAUCCUGGCCUACAACAACACGCGCCUUUCGGGAUGCAAAAGGUCCGACUUCAGAUCCGGCACGGGGUGCUCGGCGAGCUGCCAGCGCUCCAUUCAGAGCGUCGAAGCCACGCUGCAGCUCGUGUGCGGCGGCGGUGAUGUCGACGUGCCCUCGGGCUCCGUGCUGGCGUCGGCGAUGGAGGGGAACCUUGUAAAUACUCUAUGCGGCAACGGCCUGCAGCAGCCGCCGGCCACGACGGUGGUGACUACAACGACAACGGUUCCCAAGGAAUCCAACGCGCCCAUCCUAUCGACUAUAAUUCCGCCAGCAUCUACAACAGCGUCGGCCGCUCCCACAACUACAGCCGGAGCGCCGACACCGUCCCUCCCUCCGCCACCUCCACCUCCGCGCCCAGAUACGGAGAGCCCGAGCGCGACAAGCACACCAGGUCCGGAUCCGGCACCAGUAUCGGCGCCACCAGCUCCGGAGAGGGGAGGCGGCAGCCCCUUUGACGUCCAAGGUUCUGCUGGUACUUCCAGUCCCACGAUACCCCGGCUUUCGGUGGUGAUGUCGUGGACCUUUGUGUUAUUACUAUUAAUGCGGUGAUGCGCUUGUGAUCUGCAAGUGCAUUGCCAGAGCCGGAGAUGACCGUUCUUGGAGAAUUUUCCUUCUAAAGAAAUUUAAAGUAAAACAUAAUUGGGGGGGGCUUAACGGGGAAGGGGUACCUUUGCUUUUUUUAAAGUUCGGGAGAGGGGCGGAUGGAAUGAAUGUCUAGGGUAGCAUGUCCGAGAGGACCUGUCAAAGAUCCAGGAGACCUGGGAAUAGCGCGGCGUUGAUGGAAUUUUGGGGGAAACUGAUUUAGAUGGACUUUCGGGGCAAAGACAAGUUGGGGUAAUGCGAAUAAAACGUAAUCAUUCCA